CGGUGUGUUGUGGACUCGUGGUGCUGGCUGCCGCUGUUGAGGCGGCCGGGAACGGGCGGUGGGGAGCGGGCGGAGCUGGCCCUGCCUCUGCCUGGCCAGCGCCGCAGUCGGCGCGGGCCGCGCCCGCCGCCGUAAACUGCCCUGAGCGCCUGCUGAGGCCGAGGGAGACGUCGGGGCCUGCACCUGGAGGGAGCCUGCCGCGCUGGCCCCAAGGAGGGGGCGUUGCCAUGGCGACAGCCUCUCCCGCUGCUGAUGGGGGGCGGGGGCGGCCCUGGGAAGGAGGGCUGGUCUCCUGGCCCCCUGCCCCUCCCCUUACUCUCCCCUGGACUUGGAUGGGCCCGAGUUGGGGGCAACACCCUGGGCAUUGGGGCUUUCCAGCUCUCACAGAACCUUCAGCAUCCCCAGCUACCAGCCUUGGUGUCUUUGAAGUAAGGAGAGUUUUAGAUGCUUCUGGAUGUUCAAUGCUAGCACCUUUACAGACUGGAGCAGCUCGAUUUUCUUCAUAUUUACUUUCAAGAGCAAGAAAAGUGCUGGGCUCCCACUUGUUUUCUCCCUGUGCUGUUCCGGAGUUCUGCUCCACAUCCACCAGAAAGCUGGCGGCCCACGGCUUUGGCGCAUCCAUGGCGGCAAUGGUGUCCUUCCCUCCCCAGAGGUAUCACUACUUUUUAGUGCUGGACUUUGAGGCCACGUGCGACAAGCCACAGAUUCAUCCUCAGGAAAUCAUUGAGUUCCCUAUCCUGAAGCUAAAUGGCCGGACCAUGGAGAUCGAGUCUACCUUUCACAUGUAUGUCCAGCCCGUAGUCCAUCCACAGCUUACUCCCUUCUGCACAGAGCUCACAGGGAUCAUUCAAGCCAUGGUGGAUGGUCAGCCAAGCCUGCAGCAAGUGCUGGAGAGGGUCGAUGAGUGGAUGGCGAAGGAAGGCCUCUUAGAUCCAAACGUCAAGUCAAUUUUUGUCACCUGUGGAGACUGGGACUUAAAAGUCAUGCUCCCAGGCCAGUGCCAGUACUUGGGCCUGCCAGUGGCAGAUUACUUCAAGCAGUGGAUUAAUCUGAAAAAGGCUUACAGCUUCGCCAUGGGCUGCUGGCCCAAGAAUGGACUUCUAGACAUGAACAAGGGCCUCAGCCUGCAGCACAUAGGCCGGCCCCACAGCGGCAUUGGUCAGUCCCUCCACUGUCCCCCUGGCAGCUCGAUGACUGCAAGAACAUUGCCAACAUCAUGAAGACACUUGCGUAUCGAGGCUUCAUCUUCAAGCAGACAUCAAAGCCAUUCUGAUUGGCCGAGGACGGGAUGGGACAGGACAGGGUAGCUGCUUGGCCUAGCCCAGAACCCUCCUCUCCCUCACCAGAGAGGAAAAGGGAGAGUGGCACAGCUCUGAGUCCAGAGUGUCCCCCAGCCUGCCCUGUGGGCUUGCGCCCUAGGUAAGGGCUUGGCCACUUGGCCUCUCUGGAGCAGACACUUUGUGCCCCCCACCCCCACCCUUCAACCUCAGCCCAGUAUUAGCCCCUCCCACUGUGGGCCUGGGCUAGGGGGACCCAGGUUCUCACCACCUCUUCCCUGGUACACAGGCUUCUGCUGGGGCCACGAAGCCCCCCUGUGCCCCCUCCCAUCUGUAGUGCAUGGUGUGCGGUGCCCCCAGGGCUCCAGGACAGAUCAGGCCCCACCCUGUGUCUAUCCCAUCCCCGCUGUGAACGUGCCACUGAAUAAAGUCGGGGAAAUGAG